AUGGCUGCCACUGAAGCUGAUGGCCAAUCAUACGGUGAGGAGCUGGUGGAGGAAGCCCGGCCGCACGUGACGCAGGACCUGGUGGAGCGAAUGGAGGACAUUCAGCUGGGAGAGGAAUUGGAAGAUUUCUCGCGUGCCGCGCGUGUGGCUCUGGAGGAGUGGAUGGAAAAGCGUCGCACGCUGAAAGCUGAGGUCAAGAAGAAGGAAGCCGAAGUCGAGAAGGACGAAGCCGAGAAACAUCGGACAGAGGCGGCGGUGAAAGCCAGCAGCCAGGAAUGGCGCACAUACUGCAUAUGCAGAGGAGGUGAUGCGCCUUGA